AGCCUGUGGUAGGGCCCAGACAGCACGCGUGGAUACGACCAGCAACCUUCUCGAGGCUGAGGAAAGGGGAUAGCACCGGUAAUGGUCGGACGAGAAACCUUCCUCGUGGCUGAAAUGCCGCUACGGAAGGACGCGCCGCCGCCGGCACCUUUUCUCGACCAUGAAAGUAAAAGUUCCCGACGAGUUGGCGAGAAAAAGAAAGAAUAUGGAGCAGGAAGGACGCCGGGACUGGCAGAAGUAUCUGGUUCCACCUCUCCUCACCGUAAGGAAAGACGUUCCUUCUUUCGGUCCUCCAAUAACUAUUUCGACACUACUCAGUUGGGAGACACUGUCGAGGGGCUUCCGAUUUCGACUUUCGGCGAUAUCGGUUAUGUAGGUCAACAAAAGAAAAGGUGGAUCUCGCUCGAGGAGCCUGCGGCCAAAUUGAAACCAGACCGGAGAGGAGCAAGUCCAAGAAUUUCCUUUUCCCUCGCGGAAAGAGGAGAACGAGCAAAGGUGAUCCUAUUGCUUUCUCGAUAAAUCAAAACUCCACGGUUAUCGUGGAAGAAAGAUGACGUUUUUCGUCAGGUCCGCGGACGCGGACAAAAUCGAAGCGUAUCUGUCGUUAUCGGACGACGACGGAAUUCCUUUCACAGCUUUCGAAAAUGCAAGAAAGUCAAGGAGGGAAAGGGGACCCGUUUUGCAAGGACUCGUUAUUUUUCUUCGAACGACCGUGUCCCGUUCGUUUGUAUGGAAAUUUUCAAGCGCGUGGGAAAACCAACGAAGAUGCCUCUGAAUAUGGAUGACUCGUUAACGCUACGAGCCGGAUUUAAUUUGCACUUUCAACGGGGUAAUCUAUUUCAUCGAUCUCCUGACAACAAGGCUGACAAUGCUCGAAUUAAUUAUGAUUCCAACGCAGCGAGUCCGCGAACAAUAAAUGUUUUCUCGAGGAAGAUGAUGAACUUGUCACUUUCCAUUUCUACCCUUCGUCAUGACUGCUUUUGCAGCGACCUCCUGAUGAACUGCAGACCAAAUAAUGGACAAAAUUUUAUUAGAAUAAUAGUUGACAAAUGUAGAGAUAUUGUAAUAUAUUACCAAGUAUAUUAUAUUAAUAAGAAUAAUAUAUUAUUGUAAUAUAUUAACCCAAACCUAUGAGGUGUCGUCACUCAUUUGUUUUUUUCUGCCUACGAACAUGCGG